UGUGCAGAGAAUGCAACUACCAUGUUAAAAAUGAAAGGUAAGGAGGAGCUACAAGAUGGCGGAGGAGUAAGACGUGGAGACCACUUUCCUCCCCACAAGUACAUCAGAAAUACAUCUACACGUGGAACUGCUCCUAUAGAACACCCACUGAAUGCUGGCAGAAGACCUCAGACCUCCCAAAAGGAAUAUCCUUCCGAUGAUGCUGUAUUGGGCACAUCUUCAAAACUCUGCUCAAGAAUCACUUCAUUCAAGAAACUGUCCAUUGAUAAGCUUGAUACUUACUUAACAUUGAUAAACUUGGUUACUUGUGUUCAAGUUCAUGUAGAAAGAGACCAGAAUCGUGAGGAUGGAGCCCUCAGUGGUGGUCUGGUCUGGCUGCAGAGAAAUCAGCUGGCUUCUAAGGACCCCUGUGAUGUCUUGUCAUCAAGUCUCUCAGCUGGAUUACAGCUCGGUGCCUUCCAUGCGGCCACUCUCAAUAACAAUGCAAGGCUAUCAGAGGGAAACUUGAACUGGCGAGAACGUGGUGAUUGUGCUGGAGCUGCAGCUGUGCAGGAAACUGGGCACAGGGUGACACGCAUGGGCUCCAGAAGGGCCGAGGCCUUCCGUGUGGCUUCCAGGAACAAUUCAAGGUGUUGAUUCUGAUUUAUAAAACUGGCUGUGUUUUGGAUUCUAGUUACUUUAGAAAUCAGCUCUGAGGUUAUGGUUAAAGAGUUCCCAAAUUUACACCUCAGACACCCAGAAGCGACACCUUCGCUGGGAGAGCCAAGAUGGCAAGAAUUAAUGGCUGCCUUCAUCUGACAGAAUCCUACUUUGUAAAUAGACAUU